AUAAAGCCCUUCGAAGAUAAGAGAAUGAGAAAAACGGAUUUCAUCAAUUUCAUACAAAAGCCAGACUCACUAAGCUGCAUCGUUCAAGAACAUCGUGCGAUGGUACCUGAGCAGGAAGAUGGGGCAUCAAAUUCUUCGAAUCAAGCCGUAAAUAAGGCGCAAAACGACAAUAAUCUCCUACCAAUCGUACAUUUGCUUUGCAGCCGAGUGAAUCUCCUUACUAAAGAGAAGGUUUUGAGUGCAAGGUUUGUUGACGGAUAUAAACAUAAGCGGAAGUACAUCGUCACUACGAACUCGUGUGAAAAUGACACUGACAAAUAUUUACAACUGGUGUGGGAUAAGAAUGUUCAAAUCGUAGUUAUGACAUCUCCAUUCGCGGAGAAGGAUAAUUUUAACCGAUUCUGGAGUGUAAAUGAAGGUACUGUAAUAGCCUGUAACAACUUUCAGAUAGAGACUUUAGAAAUUAUUACAAACCCCCAUUUUGUGUUAACCUUGUUGGUUCUCACUGAUCAAAAAGGUCAUCUACGCAAGCUAUCACAUUUUCAGUAUACUGCUUGGCCAGCUGACAAUUUUUCCCAUGACCCAAAGGCCUUCUUAGAUUUCUUUUUUAAUAUUAACAACCUGUACGCUGAUUUAAAAAAACAUGAGACCGUCAAAAAUCUUGGUCCCAUAAUUGUGGAUUGCAUUAGCAAUAAUAGUAGCUCAGAGGUAUUUUGUGUACUCGAUAUAUGUGUUACAGAGCUUGAAAAGACUGGACGGCUAUCUAUUCCAAAUGCUGUUAAGAAAGUUAGACAGCAAAAAUGUGGUUUUAUGAAUCGAUUAAGUGACUACGUCUUCUGUUAUUAUCUAAUUCAUGCCUAUCUCUCAAUGCAAUUUGAUACAGUUAACGUGUGUUGAAGGCAUAGCCCAUUGUUUAUGAUUUUGUUAUCUUGUAUCUGAUUAGAAAUACUUAGUGUAUUUCGACGUUCCAAGCCUAAUUGCUAGGGGAAGGACACUUUAUUUAGGAAAAUAUCAUCAGGUAUUUAACCAAAGAAUUAGUAUCUGAAAGACCGAAGGAUAAAGCCAAGUUUUCUUAAAUAUUUUCUCAAUGUCAACGAGUUAUUUAUUCCAGGCUAAUGUUGUCUGUUAAUUUCAAAUUUCAGGCACAUGUUUAUUAUUUUUGGCUCUAUACUUAUACGACAUACUUUAUCAAAUGUUACGUGAAAUAAAUGUAUGUUGUUUUUUAGUUUUUAAAAAUAACUGUGACAAAUGUAAUACGUUUGCAUUCCUAAGAGAAUUUAUGUUAUAUUUUUAAGUACAGAGGUCAAAAAGGUAUUGUAAAUA